GAAAUAGCAGGGGUGUGCAAGAGAUUGGAGACUAAAUAUGGACCAAAGACAAUAAAUCAGAGAAAAGAGAAAAGAAGAGUACAAAGCCAACCAAUCAAGUUGCCCAAUGUGUUCCCGGAGGCUGAUGAAGAGAAUGGGGAGAGAGCCGGAGUGAAUGGACUAAAUGUUUCCAUUGGAGACAUAGAGGCGGAAGAUAUCGAGCUUGGGGAGCGAAAGGAGCAACUCGCUGCGGAUGUAGACGAUAUCAUUGCAGAAGUAGACGAGGAAGCCCUUGACACUGACUCAGAAAAUGAGGAAGAAAACGAAAUGCUAGUGGAUGAGGAAAUAGAAGGUAAUGCUGACCCUUUAUACCAUCUGCAAUCUGACUCGGAUUCCA